AUGAUUUCUUUCUUUCCCUUCACUGCCUCCCCUGCCGCUCCCCCAAUCCCCACCUAUCACCAUCCUCGUCCCACGAUCGCACCAGACGUGUGUCUGGCUGCAGCACCCCGAUCCCUCCCUUCAACACGGACAUGCAUCUUCCGCGCCUCACUUGCACCACUCAGCUUAGUUGGUUCUUUUUCCCUUCACUGCCUCCCCUACCCCUCUGCACGUCCCCACACCUAUCCCCAUUCCCGUCCCACCCUCCCACCAGGCGUAUGGUUGCAGGACCCUGACGUGUACCACAUGAGCAUCUUCCACGCCUCACACCAUCUUUCCCCCGUACCUGCCACCGCCAAACAGCUAGUGGACGAGGUGCGGGCAGUGAAGGGCAUGAGCAAGCGCCUGUGCCCGAUGCGAGUCUCUCUGGAUCGAGUCACUCUCACUGCCACUGGCGUGCUGCUGGCGUGCUGGCAGGUGGUGGAGGGCACGGAUCCAGCAGAGCUGAGGGAUGCGUUCAAGGAGGCUCUGCCGCGCGCUCCCAAGCAGCAACUGUACAACCAGGUCAUGCUGCACACAUCACUGGCCAGGAUCAUUGCACCGCCCACGUGGCCUGACGGGGUAUAUAUGUGUGCUGCAUCAACGUAUCCCUCUUUUGAUUCGUCUCAACACCUGCACCACCCCUGUGGCCGGACGGGACGCUAG